ACCCCGGUCUACUUUGUACCUUGCUCGCCCGGACUCCGGAGCCCGGCCAAGCCGAGCCGGGCCAGACUAGACCCGGGGGCGAUGCGGCUUCUGCCUCUGUUGCGGACAGUCCUCUGGGCCUCGCUCCUCGGGUCCCCGCUCCGGGGGGGGUCCGGCCUCCGCCACGCCGUCUAUUGGAACUCCAGUAACCCCAGGUUGCUUCGAGGAGACGCAGCAGUGGAGCUGGGCCUCAACGAUUAUCUAGACAUCUUCUGUCCACAUUAUGAUGGGCCAGGGCCACCUGAGGGCCCUGAGACUUUUGCUCUUUUCAUGGUGGACUUGGCUGGCUAUGAGACAUGCCAAGCUGGGGGCACAGGAGCCUUCAAGCGCUGGGAGUGCGCCCGCCCUUUUGCUCCUUUUGGCCCAGUCCGAUUUUCAGAGAAAAUCCAGCGUUUCACACCUUUCUCGUUGGGUUUUGAGUUCCUGCCAGGAGAAACCUACUACUAUAUCUCUGUCCCAAUCCCAGAAAGCUCUGGCCGGUGUCUGAGGCUGCAGGUGUCAGUGUGUUGCAAAGAAACCACUGAAGUGCUGACCACCGCACCUCCUUUUGUGCUGCGCCAAGGGAAUGGGGUCUCUAGGGAUAUUCAUUGGGAGCCUACUAUGUGCUAGGACGCCCCUUUUUCCAGAACAUCUCAGUAAGGUAGUCGGGAGAUCCCCAGCUAUGACGCAGAUGGAACGGGUGCCCCUGCAUCAAACAGCCAAUGGAAUCCUGGGGCCCGGGGCAUGAGGUCAUCAAUGGAGACUCCCAUUGGUGGAGACAUGGAGGAUGGGAAGCCCCCCUCCCCACUUACCCCUUUCGGGGGCCCACUAAACCUGAGGGCACUGUGCCUCUCCCUCAUUCCUAGCUGCUGCUACCUUCAGUGGAUAGUAGGAUGGUACUGUGGAAUGAGGAGGCUAUCCUAGGGGGGUACUCCCAUCUUCUCCAAGUUUCCCCCCCACUUCCAGAGCAGAAAUCCCCAGAUUCAGCUAACCCAAGAAGUGGAGCUUUUUGGAGUGGUCCUGAAGUGACAGGAGGAGGAACUGGCAUUGCCAUCCCACAGAAUUGGUUCUUAGAUCUAAGUGUUCAUUUGAAUAUGUCUAUGUCCAAUUUGCAUGUUAUUCACAUAGUCAGAAUUAAAAAUCAAUCCCAUUUUCUCAGUCCUUCCUUCUUUACCCUCAAUUCUUCCACUUCACUUCCUAAUGUUUCCCAGCUCUUGCCCCUGUCUUCCCAGUAUCCUCUCCAGUCUAACCCAAUGUCCCCAUAAGAUAUAUUUGAUAUUAUAUUCCAAUUGAGAAAUCAACUCCACUUUUCCAGUCCUUUCCACCACAACUUUCCCAGAAUCUCCCUCCAGCCUUCCCCCCCUCCACCCAUGUCCCCCAGUCACCUCCCAGAGACCCAUUCCCUGCCUCUCACCUCUACUAUCCACCCAUCUACUGUCUUUCUUCCCCAGUGCAUGCCCUGCCUAUCUCCCCUAGUUUCCUCCCGUCUCUUCAGUGUUCUCCCAAUCUCUCUCUUCAACUGUUCCCCAUCUAGCCUGUUCUAGGCCAAAUUGAUCUUUGCAUGCUUGAAAAAGCAACUGGACACGUCUAAGUGAUGGACUAGAGGUGCAAAAUGAGAUGUAUGUUUUUUGACCAAACCAAUGUGCUGAUUUGUUUUCCUUGUCUAUUCUUUGUUACAAGGGAAGGUAGGUGCAUCACAGCAAUAAUGGGAAAAGAACAAGAAAAGAAAUUCAUGUCAAUAAAACAUUUUUAAAAUACACAAAAAUAUACAGGAGAGCCAAAGGACAUUCAGGAGACACAGAGAAGCAGAAUAGUUUUGUUACUAUCAUGGGAAAUUUAAUGUACCCUUUAAAAAA